UAGCUUAUGUUGAUACCAUCCCGUUUGGUUCCUGUCUGCAAAGAAAAGCAUUGAAUUCUUGUUCGCAUUGUUGAAUGUUUGAACAAUCCAUGCACGCCAAUCUCCCUUUCAUUGCCUUCAUCGUUUCCAUUCCCUGCCACCCCUCUCUCUCCAUCCCCUCAUUCAAUAUAGUUUCAAAUACAUGUCACACUUUUCUUCUAACCAUUACUGCACCUUGCUCAAACUUUGCUGCGAAUCCCGCAACUUCAACAACGCAAAGAACCUCCAUUCCCACAUUAUCAAAUCCAUUCCAAACCCAGAAACAUUUCUCUUAAACAACCUUAUUAGCUCCUAUGCAAAGCUCGGCAGCAUCACCUAUGCCCGCAGGGUGUUUGAUGAAAUACCUCACCCAACUUUAUAUUCCUGGAACACCAUUCUUUCAGCUUAUUCUAAAUUGGGUCGUGUUAAUGAGAUGGAACAUCUUUUUAAUUCAAUGCCAACCCGAGACGGGGUGUCGUGGAAUUCGCUUAUUUCGGGCUAUGCUGCUUAUGGUUCCAUUCUUCGGUCUGUAAAGGCUUAUAAUUUGAUGUUGAGUGAAGGGUCGUAUAAUUUGAAUAGGAUUACGUUUUCAACUUUGUUUAUACUUGUAUCCAAACUAGGUUGUGUUCAAUUGGGUAGGCAGAUUCAUGGGCAUGUAGUGAAGUUCGGUUUCCAGUCGUAUGUUUUUCUCGGGAGUCCUUUGGUGGAUAUGUACUCGAAGACGGGACUGAUAUCUUGUGCAAGGCAGGCUUUUGAUGAGAUGCCGGAGAAGAGUGUUGUUAUGUAUAACACACUGAUAAAUGGAUUGAUGCGAUGCGGAAGAGUUGAAGAUUCGAAGCGGUUGUUUUUUGAUAUGCGAGAAAGGGAUUCGAUUUCAUGGACAUCAAUGAUUACAGGGUUUACCCAGAAUGGAUUGGACAGAGAGGCAAUUGAUUUGUUUAGAAAUAUGACGCUUGAAAAGCUUCAGAUGGAUCAGUACACAUUUGGAAGUGUUUUGACUGCUUGUGGUGCUGUUAUGGCUUUGCAAGAAGGCAAGCAAGUUCAUGGUUAUAUUAUUACGACAGAUUAUAAGGAUAAUAUAUUUGUCGCAAGUGCUCUUGUUGACAUGUAUUGCAAGUGUAAGAAUGUAAAAUCAGCAGAAACAGUUUUCAAGAAGAUGACUUGCAAGAAUGUUGUGUCUUGGACUGCAAUGUUAGUGGGUUAUGGACAAAAUGGUUAUAGUGAAGAAGCUGUUAAAACCUUUUGCGAUAUGCAAAAAUAUGGGGUUGAGCCAGAUGAUUUCACCUUCGGAAGUGUAAUUAGCUCAUGUGCAAACCUUGCAAGCUUAGAAGAGGGUGCACAGUUUCAUGCUAGAGCUCUGAUUUCUGGUCUAAUUUCUUUUAUCACUGUUUCCAAUGCUCUGGUUACGUUAUAUGGUAAAUGUGGAAGCGUUGAAGACUCCCAUAGACUUUUUAGUGAAAUGAGCUUCAGGGAUGAAGUCACAUGGACUGCACUUGUUUCUGGAUAUGCUAAGUUUGGUAAAGCCAAUGAAACAAUUGGGUUAUUUGAAAGCAUGUUAGCACAUCGUUUAAAACCUGACAAGGUUACGUUUAUUGGGGUUCUUUCGGCUUGCAGUAGAGCAGGGUUAGUGGAAAAAGGAAAUCAGAUAUUUGAAUCCAUGAUUAAGGAACAUGGGAUUGUACCACUUCAGGAUCAUUACACCUGCAUGAUUGAUCUCUUCAGUCGAGCUGGGAGGUUAGAAGAAGCAAGGAACUUUAUAAACAAGAUGCCUUUCAGUCCUGAUGCAAUUGGUUGGGCAACCUUGUUAAGUUCAUGUAGAUUCUAUGGGAACAUGGAAAUUGGAAAGUGGGCAGCUGAAUUUCUUAUGGAAUUAGACCCUUAUAACACUGCUAGCUACGUCUUACUUUCGAGCGUCUACGCUGCUAAAGGAAAAUGGGAUGAAGUCGCAAGAUUGAGAAAAGGCAUGAGAGAUAAGGGUCUGAGAAAGGAACCAGGUUGUAGUUGGAUCAAAUAUAAGAACCAAGUGCACGUUUUCUCUGCUGAUGAUAAGUCAAAUCCAUUUUCGAAUCAGAUAUAUUCCGAGCUUGAAAAGUUGAACUACAAAAUGAUAAAAGAGGGUUACGUGCCUGAUAUGAAUUCUGUUCUGCAUGAUGUUGAGGAUUCGGAGAAAAUAAAGAUGCUUAAUCACCAUAGUGAAAAGCUUGCAAUUGCCUUUGGGUUGUUAUUUAUUCCUCCUGGUCUGCCCAUACGAAUAGUUAAAAAUCUGAGGGUUUGUGGGGAUUGUCACAAUGCAACUAAAUAUAUAUCUAAGAUAACCCAGAGAGAGAUUCUUGUAAGAGACGCAGCUCGGUUCCACUUGUUUAAAGAUGGAAUAUGUUCAUGUGGAGACUUUUGGUGAUUGUGUAUUGAAGUCAUUGCAAAUAGGGGAGCGUCUAUGUUCUUCUGUAUCUAUUAAACUUCUUCACUAUCUCCCAAUAAUUAUUCAUUUCUCUUAGAUUUGGACCUAAGAUAACCUCUCAAAACCAGCUUUUAAGAUGAGAGAUGCCCAUUCUUUAUAAACACUUUUUCAGGCUUUAUCUCUGAAUCCCUAAUCAAUGUGGCACUAUAGUUUUUCUAAUAUGUUCCCUUAUGCUCUUCACAUUGGACUUGGUGCGUAGAUAAUAUAGUUGGUGACCCGAUGAAUCUAGUAUUGACUUUGAUACCAUCUUAAAUUUGAGUUCAACGCCACAAAACCAGUUUGAAGGUAUAUAUGUUGUACUUUCAUACAGAAAGCAUCAGUUUACAUUGAAAUUCAAUUAGUGUUGAUCCAUUUAGGCUGCAUGAGCACCUGAUGACUUCUGUAUUACUAAGUUGUACAAUGCUUGUAAAUUGUAAUGGAGAUGGAAUUAUUUCAAGGAACAGAAUUGUAGUGAUACAUGUGCAAUAUAUGCAAUGCAAUCACUGUUUCCUUUCAAGGCUGCUCAAGUUCACUUUGACCUUGCUGUUGUUUCUGCAUGAGAUUUAGUAAAUUUGGUUAAAAACUGGCAAAUAAAGAGGUGCAAUAAUCAUAUGGGAUAGGAAAACACAAGAGCUAGAGGUAUUUGCGGUGC